AUGGCUCCGGUGCAGAUAGCCGCUGACGGGCAGUUGGUGCCACUCGGCGGCCCGGUGGUCUCGGGUCCCCAGCCGCCAGCACCCGGAGCCCUGGCCACACACGGGAUACGACUGAGUGUGCUGAUCGACUUCCUCCUGCAGAGAACCUACCAUGAAAUCACCCUGCUGGCGGAGCUGCUUCCAAGGAAAACGGACAUGGAGAGGAAAAUCGAGAUUGUCCAGUUUGCGAGUCGUACCCGGCAGCUAUUUGUGCGCCUCUUGGCCCUGGUUAAGUGGGCAAGCAAUGCGGGGAAGGUGGAGAAAUGUGCUAUGAUCUCCAGCUUCUUGGAUCAGCAGACCAUCCUGUUCGUGGACACAGCGGACCGACUAGCGUCGCUCGCCCGAGACGCCCUGGUGCAUGCGCGCUUGCCCAGCUUCGCCAUCCCCUUCGCCAUCGACGUCCUCACAACAGGUUCCUACCCGCGCUUGCCCACCUGCAUACGAGAUAAAAUCAUUCCGCCUGACCCCAUCACGAAAGUUGAGAAAGUGACCACGCUGAACCAGCUGAAUCAGAUCCUGCGACACCGCCUCGUCACCACAGACUUGCCCCCGCAGUUAGCCAACCUCACAGUCGCUAAUGGCCGUGUGAAGUUUCGAGUGGAGGGAGAGUUUGAGGCCACGCUGACGGUGAUGGGUGACGACCCGGAUAUUCCCUGGCGACUUCUCAAGUUGGAGAUUCUUGUGGAGGACAAGGAAACUGGUGAUGGCCGAGUCUUGGUGCACAGUCUGCAGGUGAACUAUAUCCACGAGCUUGUGCAAGCACGCCUGUGUGCGGAUGAGAAACCACUGCAGGACAUGUACAACUGCUUGCACUCCUUCUGUCUCUCGCUGCAGUUGGAGGUGCUCCACUCACAGACCUUAAUGCUUGUCAGAGAGCGGUGGGGGGACCUGGUGCAGGAGGAGAGAUACAUGCCUGCAAAAUACCUCACCCUCAGUGUCUGGAACCAACAGGUGCUUGGUAGGAAAACAGGAACAGCCUCUGUGCAUAAAGUCACAAUCAAGAUUGAUGAAUCAGAUGGAUCGAAGCCGUUGCAGAUCUCGCACGAGCCCCCUCUACCUGCGUGCGACUCCAAAUUGAUGGAGAGAGCAAUGAAAAUUGACCACUUGUCCGUGGAGAAGCUUCUGAUCGACAGCGUUCAUGCGCGUUCCCACCAGAAGUUGCUGGAGCUGAAGGCCGUUCUGAAGGGCAACAAUCCUAGCGACAGCUCGUUCAUUGAAACCGCUCUACCCACUCUCGUCAUUCCCAUACUGGAGCCGUGCGGUCGCUCAGAGUGCCUCCAUAUCUUUGUGGACUUGCAUUCUGGCAUGCUGCAGCCCAUGCUGUACGGAUUAGAUCAAUCAAUGCUGGACGACAUUGAGAAAACUAUCAACGAUGACAUGAAGCGCAUCCUGUCUUGGCUUCAACAACUCAAAUUCUGGCUGGGUGAGCAGCGCUGCAGGCAGUCGGUGAAGCACCUUCCCACCGUCUGCACCGACGUCCUUCACCUUUCAAACACCGCUUCGCACCCUGUGGGGAACUUGUGCAAGCACAAGCUCUUCAUCAAGCUCACACGUCUUCCGCAGUACUACAUUGUGGUGGAAAUGGUCGAUUUGCCGAGCAAUCCGACGGCGUUGCACUACAAGUACUCCUUCCUGUUUGUAACUCAGCUGGAAGGCGACGACGGGCCCGUGUGCGCGCAGCUCCUGCAGCAUUUCAAGCCCAACCUGGAACACCUCGUCCAAGACACCACUUCGACGCGAGCGCACCGGCCCGUCUCCAAAAGAAAGAUGACUGGCGAGCAGGCAGAAACGGAGCCAAAGAAGCCCAAGCGGUCAGGGGAGAUGUGCGCCUUCAACAAAGAGUUGGCGCACCUAGUGGCCAUGUGUGACACCAACAUGCCUUUUGUUGGCCUCAGAACCGAGCUGUCCAACAUGGAGAUUCCCAACCAGGGUGUUCAAGUGGAAGGAGACGGCAGCAGUCACGCCAUCCGGCUGCUUAAGAUCCCUCCUUGCAAAGGUGUCGGAGAGGAGACCAGAAGAGCUUUGGAGCGUUCCCUCCUGGACUGCACCUUCCGCCUCCAGGGCAGGAACAACCGAACGUGGGUGGCCGAGCUGGUGCUGGCCAACUGCCCCCUCAAUAGCACCAAUAGCAAGGAGCAUGCCUCCACGCGGCACGUGUACCUCACCUACGAGAACCCGCUGUCAGAGCCGGUGGGUGGGCGCAAAGUGGUUGAAAUGUUCCUCAAUGACUGGAGCGCCAUCAGUCAGCUGUACCAGUGUGUGCUUCACUUUUCUCGGGCACUGCCAGAGUUGCCGUCGUACUUGGGCCUGUUCUCGGAGGUGCGGCUGUACAACUUCCGUAAGCUAAUUCUGUGCUACGGCAGUACCAAAGGCAGCUCGGUCACCCUCCAAUGGAACGCCAACAGCCAACGCUUCCACCUGGCCCUCGGCACUGUGGGGCCCAACUCGGGCUGCUCAAACUGCCACAACAUCAUCCUCCACCAGCUGCAGGAGAUGUUCAACAAGAACCCCAAUGUCAUUCAGCUCUUGCAGGUGCUUUACGACACGCAGGCCCCUCUGAAUGCCAUCAACAAGCUCCCGACCGUGCCCAUGCUGGGUCUGACCCAGCGCACCAACACUGCCUACCAGUGCUUCUCCAUCCUGCCCCAGUCGCCGACGCAUAUCCGCCUGGCUUUUCGCAACAUGUACUGCAUCGACAUCUACUGCCGGAGUCGCGGCGUGGUGGCCAUCAGGGACGGAGCGUACAGCCUCUUCGACAACACCAAGAUUGUGGAGGGCUUUUACCCGGCUCCUGGACUCAAAACCUUCUUGAGCAUGUUCGUAGACAGCAACCAGGAUGCCCGCAGGCGUUCGGUCAACGAAGACGACAACCCGCCAUCGCCGGUGGGCGUGGACGUGAUGGACACGCUCGUGAACCAGCUGCAGGCUCAGCCCCAAACCCUGAGGGCCGCUGGCGGCGGCGUGUACCCGCCGCUCACGUCUCCGCCGCCAAACUACCACGCCAACGUGACUCCUUCGCCAUCCAUGAUGCCCACACAAUCGCCAGGGACCAUCCAUGCCUCUGGCUCCCCUAGCGGAGCGUUGAGGGCUCCCUCUCCUUUCGGUCCCACCCCGUCUCCAUCUUCUCUGGGCAUAGCCAUGGGUCAGACAAGCUUUGCCAGCCCCCACGGUGCUCUGGACCCCAGCUCUCCCUACGCCAUGGUGUCUCCAAGCCACAGGGGCCAAUGGCCGGGCUCCCCCCAGGUCUCGGGUCCUUCUCCUGGGGCCAGGAUCCAUGGCAUGUCCCCUGGGAACCCAUCACUGCACUCGCCACUUCCUGACCCCCACUCUCCGCGUGCUGGAACCGGUUCCCAAAUCAUGCCCAGCAGUAUGCCUCCGCCCCGCAAGCUACCUCAGCGCCCCUGGGCCGCCUCCAUCCCCACCAUCCUCACCCACAACGCCCUGCACGUGCUUUUGCUGCCUUCGCCCACCCCGUGUCUGGUGCCGGGCCUGGCGGGCAGCUACCUUUGCUCGCCACUAGAGCGCUUCCUGGGUUCGGUCAUCAUGAGGCGACACCUACAGCGGAUUAUUCAGCAGGAAGCCAACCUGUCCAUCGUAAACUCCAACGAGCCCGGCGUCAUCAUGUUCAAGACAGAUGUGCUCAAAUGCCGCGUGGCUCUUAACCCAAAGAACUACCAGACGCUGCAGCUCAAGGUCACGCCGGAGAAUGCGGGUCCCUGGUCCCAGGAGGAACUUCAGGUGCUGGAGAAGUUCUUUGAGAUGCGGGUUGCCGGCCCCCCCUUCAAGUACAACACUUUGAAUGCCUUCACGAAACUUCUGGGGGCGCCCACGCACAUCCUCAGGGACUGCGUGCGCAUCAUGAAGCUCGAACUGUUCCCAGACCAAGCUGGCCAGCUGAAGUGGAACGUCCAGUUCUGCCUGACCAUACCUCCCAGCGCCCCCCCCAUCGCCCCCCCCGGAACCAUCGCCGUGGUGCUCAAGUCCAAGAUGCUCUUCUUCUUGCAGCUGACCCAGCGCGUGCCCGUGCCGCAGGAGCCCUUGAGCAUCAUCGUGCCCAUCGUGUACGACAUGGCGUCGGGCCUGACGCAGCAGGCCGACAUCCCCAGGCAGCACAGCUCUUCGGGGGCGGCGGCGCUCAUGGUCUCCAACAUCCUGAAGAGGUUCAACGAGAUGCACCCCGCCAGACAGGGGGAGUGCACCAUAUUUGCGUCGGUUCACGAGCUGAUGGCCAACCUCGCCUUGCCGCCCGGCACGCGGCAGUGAACAAGCGCGAGCCUGACGAGGAAUGAGUUGCUGCCCGAGACAAAGGCCGCAUCCGACAGCGGCGGCGUCUCGUCGGUUCCGACGUCGUGUACGGCUGCCGUAGUGGAGCCCCGUUUCAACCGCUGUCAACCACAAAGUGCUGAUUGUCGUAGUCACCGGCUUAAGACGAGCACAUGAGGUAUAUUUUGGAUAUCAAUCUUAUUUUUCCCCCUUAAUGGGGGCACUUGUAAACAGAAUAUUAUCUAUUGAAAUGAAGUUUGUUUACAAAAACAUGUACAUUGUUGUAUAUUUGAGUGUUAGCCUCUUUGUUGUUGUACAUUUUGUCACGAAGGAUGAUGAUGAUGAUGAUGAUGUGAGGAAUGAGGAGAGAGUCCUUCGUCUUUUGUCACGACCUCUGUCCGCAUUUUAUUACGCCCUUUCACAACUGUGACACACUUUAUAAGGCCGCCCACUGUAUUCGAUCAAGAUGGAAGCAUUUGAUACGUUGUCCAAUUUUGCUAUUUAAUAAAGCAAACCGAGGAGAGUCUUCCACUGCUA